AUGGCCAUCAUCGUUCAUCAUCUCAACGACUCGCGCAGUCAGCGCAUUCUGUGGUUGCUCGAGGAGAUGGGCAUCGACUACGAAAUCAAGCACUACGCUCGAACUGCCAAAGGCACGGCACCACCGGAGCUGCUCGAAGUUCAUCCCACCGGCAAGUCUCCUCUGAUCACGGAUACCAAGAACGGCAAGGUCGUUGCAGAGUCAGGCGCCAUCGUCGACUAUCUCAUUCGCCAUUACGGAGAAGGCCGUUUCGUACCUACCGACACCGAGCGUAUCGACGACGAUGUCUUCUGGAACCACUUCGCCGAAGGAUCUUUGAUGCCUACGCUCGUCAUGAAGCUUGUCUUCAGCAUGGUCCCGCCUCAGAUGCCCUUCUUCGUUCGACCUAUCGGCAACAUCAUCGUCAGCAACGUCAACUCGCUCUUUCUCGACCCCGAUCUCAAGCGCAAGUCGGACUUCAUCGCCGACGAGCUGGUCAAGAAGUGUGACGGCGGCAAUGCUUGGUUCGCAGGCGGCGACAAGGAUGGCAACCCCACCGCCGCCGACUUCCAGAUGGCUUUCCCCCUCGAAGCCGCCAUGUCGGGUCGCAUCUCGAAUCUCCCCGCCGCGAUCAAGACGUACGUCGAGAAGGUGCACGCUCGUCCUGCUUUCAAGCGUGGCCUCGAGAAGGGCGGUCCUUACAAGUACGCUUGA